UCGAAUUCUCACUGAUGACGUUUGAUCUUCCGCUUCUGCGCAGCGCGAGUCUCUGAACGAAACGAACGAACAACAAAACCAGCGCCAGAAUCACCGAGAGUCAACAAAAACACUGUCCGUGUGAAUCUGGCGCUAAUAUCAUGUCUGGAAACGCUUUUCCAGAUCAGUUGGGAUCUGAUGAGCAGGAGAACGAUAGAGCGGAGCUGAGACUCGUUCUGAUUGGCCGGACGGGGUCAGGCAAGAGCGCCACAGGAAACACCAUCUUAGGGCGACGUCACUUCCUGUCUGCACUGAGGGCGAGUUCGGUGACCCGUGUGUGUGAGUGCGGCAGCGCGGAGCUGCGUGAAGAUGAGGAGUCCAGCAGGAUGAAGAGGGUUCUUGUUGUGGACAUGCCGGGUUUCGGCGACACUCGAUUCGACACGAGUCACGUUCACGCCGAGAUCGCCAAGUGUGUGGCGCUGACGGCUCCCGGUCCGCACGCGUUCCUGUUGGUGAUUCCUCUGGGGCGCUACACGGAGGACGAAGACCGGGUCGUGACGGAGAUGCUGCGCGUGUUCGGCGAGGAGGCGCUUCACCACACGGUGGUGCUGUUCACGCGAGGGGAUGAGCUGGAGGAGGACGGGAUGGAGAGUUUUCUGGGCGACGGAUCCACUCCGGAGCGACUGACGGUCCUGCUGCGCCGCUGCGGUGGACGAUACUGCGUCAUCAACAACAGAGCGCCGGAGAACCGGAUGCAGGUGCGCCACCUGCUGGAGACGGUGCAGAAGAUGGUGGAGAACGCAGGCGGAACGUGUUACACCAACAACGUGUUCCUGCAGGCCGAACGAGCCAUACGAGACGAGCAGCAGCGGCGCACUGCAAAGAUGUGGCGGAGCCGGACGGGAAGUGGGAUGGCGGUCAGCAGACGUGAGGUGCUGCGAUCCGCUCUGAGCCGUAUGCGAACCGAAGCCGCGCUCUCCGGGAAGGUUCUGGAGCGCGUGAAGGUGCUGGUUGCAGCUGGGGCCACCGGCAUGGCGGUCGGGGCCAUUUUUGGAGCCGCGGCCCCUCUGGCGGUGGCGGCGGGUGCUUCUGUGAUGGGCGGAUCGGCGGGGUUAGUCGGAGUCUCCGCUGCAGGAAGUGCAGGUGUAGGCAAAGCGUUCGGCGCAAUAGUAGCGGCCGCAUCCGGAAAGACGGCAGUGGCUCUGGGAGCGGCGACAGGAGGAGUGUUGGGAGGGUCGGUGGGAGCGCUGGUGGGAGCAGAGGCCGCGGAACCGCAGGAGGCUGCACUGGACGCAAUGCAGCAGGUGGGCGUGAUGGGUGCUGCAGUGGUGGGUGUGGCUGCAGGAAUGGGUGGAGCUAUGGGGGCGGGAGCAGUGAUGGGGGCGGUGCUAGAGGGCGGAGCAAUAAGUGCUGGUGAAGCUGCAGCAGUUGCAGUGCAGCCUGUGACCUCCUCCUGCGCCAGUUCAGCCGCACUGGAUGGCAUCGGAACAACCGCACGCAUUCUGACCGAGAUCGGACGAGCGGCGGCGGGAAUCGCUCUGGCUGGAGGACUGGUGAUCAAAGUGGUGAAGGAGAAAGUUCGGUCUGCAAACGGAGCCGCGGAAAACGGCUACACUGAACGCAACUCCUAUGAGAUCUACUGGAACAAAUGAAAGAUGUUUGACACUUUAAAUGCUUCUGGUUGCUUUUACAUGCAUUCUCUGAUGGAGCUGCAGCAGCACUUAUCAUUUCAUUCAGAUCCAUAGAUGCACUUCAGCUAGUUUUUACCUAUUGAUAUAAACAUGCAUUCAAACGGUCUGUUCAGUCUCCAGUUAUUCGCUCAUUUAUGAAUAAACUUGCUUUUUAUUGAACACAUUUUAGUGAAGUUAAGGUUUAACUGUGUGUUUAAACAGUUGAUGACGUGUGAGUUCUUCUCUGCAGAGGUUGGACUGGUUUGGGUUGAUUUAGUGAGAUCAGAUUCACUGAACACUGUGUGUUUGUUUUCUGAAGCAGCUGAACAAAAAUAAACACAAAGUAUUUGA